AUGAAAGAAGCCUUUGUUGACAAAACCGUCACGGUGGCGGUGCGGGAUACCGAGGUUCCCGUUCCAAAGCCAAACCAAGUGCUUAUCCGUGUGGUGGUUUCUGGCACCAAUCCAAAGGACUGGAAAGUUCCGCGCUGGAUUCCCGAUGCCCCUCCUAGCAACCAAGGUGAUGAUAUUGCUGGCUUUGUGGAGGCCGUGGGCGAAGGGGUAGUUGGGUUCAAGAAGGGGGACAAGGUGGCGGCGUUCCACGAAAUGAUGAAGCCACAUGGGAGUUAUGGAGAGUAUGCGAUCGCGUGGGAGCACACAACUUUCCAUUUGACAUCAAAGACAAGCUUCGAAGAGGCUGCCACCAUCCCGCUUGCUGCGAUGACCGCGGCGCUGGGUCUCUACCAACGAUUGAGUCUUCCGCUGCCGUGGAAUCCGACCAGCGAGCCAUUGCCCUUGGUGAUAUACGGCGGUGCCACCGCAGUGGGAGCUUUCGGUAUCAAGUUCGCAACGCUAUCCAACAUUCACCCAUUGAUCGUCGUUGCUGGCAGGGGCGCGUCUUUCGUCGAGGGCCUCAUUGACCGAUCCAAGGGUGACACCAUCAUCGACUACCGCGAAGGAGACGAGGCAGUGCAGUCGAAGAUCAAGGCCGCAGCUGGUAACAAACCAAUUCACCAUGCACUUGACGCAGUCUCCGAGCAUGGCAGCUAUUUGAAUCUUAGCGCCGCUCUCACCGCACCAGCCACCAUCAGCACCGUACUUCCGACGAAGGAGGGCGACGUGAUUCCUGAAGGUAUCAAGAUUGACAAGACCAUGGUUGGCACGGUACACAUGGAUCCGACAGUGGGCAAGACGAUCGAAGACCGCGAAUUCGGAGCCGCGUUUUUCCAAUUCAUCGGGCGCGGAUUGGCUCAGGGAUGGUUCUCAGGACAUCCCUAUGAAGUGCGCCCGGGUGGAUUGAACGGACUCGAGGGCGCAUUGCGAGACCUGGAGGCGGGCAAGGCGUCGGCUGUGAAAUAUGUGGUGCGUAUCGCGGAGACCGACGGGGUACAACAGUAG